AUGGAUCCUUUCAAAAAACUACCACUCGAGACUGCAUUUGAGAUUUUAACUCGUUUACCAGGUGACACGGUGCUUGAUUGCAAAUCUGUCUGCAGAGAUUGGAGAAAGAUUGUUCGUAUUGUUUCUAGGUAUCCAUUAUUCAUUCAGAAGCACUUGUAUCAUCUCAAUCAACCAUCUGCUACUGAGGGUUCUUGUAAGUUGGGAUUUCUUGCUUUAACUGAGAGAGCAUAUUACUAUUUUGAAUAUAAUGAUGAUCAGAAUCAUGAUUCAACCGAACCAAUUAAGAAAAUUAGAGAGAUUAAUUCAGCAUGCAUCGGUGAUGGUUCUUACUCCUGUAAUGGCUUAAUCUGUCUUGCUCGAGAUGACAUUGAAACACCUGUUUGUAUCUUUAACCCUUUUACCAGAGAAUAUGUUAUGCUUCCAGAACUCAGGAACCAUAUAGAGUCAAUAGAUAAGCGUACAAGUGAGUGGGAUGAUUGGUCCUUCGGAUUUGGUUACGUUUCUACAACAAAUGAGUACAAAGUUGUAGGGAUAUAUGGGUCUGAUUCCGGCUAUCUAGAAGUAUACAUAUACACUCUAUGCACUAACGGAUGGAGAGAUCUUGGAAGAAACUUCAGUCAUGAAUUUAGACCCAAAUAUGGAUAUGGAAAUGUACAUGGUAGCUUUGCUAAUGGAGCUCUUUAUGGAUUGGCAAUGAGGUGCAAAAGAUUGUGA